AUGACUGCCAUUGACAAUGUGAGUGAGAAAGGUGUCCAGCCCGGACUCCCGCAGCAGGGGCAGAGUGGUCCUGCGGCGCGGCCCGAGGCGGAAAAGUCCGAAGAGAAGAAGGGAUCGGCACCCCUCGACCAAGCUCAGCAGCCAGCGUCGUCAGGAGAAACAGACACUGAACUUGGAUCGGUCGAGAAUGGAGAGGACGAUGAGGAUGAAGAAUAUCCCGAGGGAGGGUUGGCUGCGUGGCUUGUAGUUUUAGGCUGCUGGCUCGCUCUGCUCUCAUCUUUGGGGAUCAUGAAUACACUGGCAACGUUCCAAGCCUAUGUCUCGACCCAUCAGCUUGCCGAGCAUAGUAGUGGCCAAAUUGGCUGGAUAUUUUCCCUAUACACGUUCCUCGCCUUCUUCUGUGGCAUCUACAUUGGUCCAAUCUUUGACAAGCAUGGCCCGCGAUGGCUCAUCUUGGGAGGCACAGUUACACAGCUAGCCAGUCUUCUUGGUCUCAGCUUUAGCACGAAAUACUGGCAUUUCAUCCUCUCCUUCGGAGUCCUUGCCGGAUUUUCGUCAUCGUUAAUCUUUACCCCCUCGAUCGCUGCCGUCGGUCAUUUCUUCAAGCGGAGGCGCGCGUUCGCAACGGGAAUAGCCUCCACGGGAGGCUCGAUCGGAGGCAUCAUCUUCCCUCUCAUGCUCAACAGUCUAUUUGAGCGUGUCGGCUGGGGAUGGGCCGUUCGCAUCCUAGCCUUCCUAUCGUUCACUCUCUGUGCAGCGUCGAACUUUCUUAUUAAAUCCCGUCUCCCACCCGCCCUGAAUGCCAACGUGCACCCCGACAUCCGAAUCUUCAAGAACAUUACCUUCCUAUGGACGACAAUCGGCAUCUUCCUACUCGAGUUCGCGCUCUUCAUCCCCCUCACCUACAUUACGAGUUACAUGCUACACAAGGGGUUCAACGACAACUUCUCCUUCAACAUGCUUGCGGUCCUCAACGCAGGAUCGGUCUUUGGCCGUGCGCUCCCGGGCUGGUGGGGAGACAAGUUCGGCCCUUUCAACUCCAACAUGCUCGCCAUCGUCCUCGCCAUCGUCGCGUGUUUCGCCAUCUGGCUGCCUGCGGGCCACACGACAGCGGGUAUCAUCUUCUUCAUGCUCCUGAUCGGCUUUUCGAGCGGCAACAACAUUAGCAUCAGUCCCGUGUGCAUCGGCCGGUUGUGCAAGACACAGCACUAUGGGCGCUAUUAUGCUACGACUUAUACCCUCGUGGCGGUGGCAUGUCUCGUCAGCAUUCCUAUCGGAGGAGAGAUCAUCACUUCGAAUGGUGGAGAGUACUGGGGCCUCAUUGUGUUUACGGGGGCGAUAUAUCUGGGGGGCCUUUUUGCGCUUCAAAUGGCCAAGGUAACCUGCGUUGGGUGGAACUUGUUGGCCAUUUUCUAG